GUGAUGUCAAGUGAAAAGCGGAUGCUGCUGGGAGCUUCCCCCGCCACCGCACCCAUCAGAGGAGGAGUGGGCUGGGUGGAAUCCCUUCUCUUAUACCUAGGCUUUGUUACCAAAGAGACCGCUCCUCUUGGUUUGAUAGACAGAGCUGCUCGCCGGUUCCUCGAAAGACGAUCAAAAGACUUGAUUGCAUUUUGGGCAGACAUGGGCUGGGGUGUAGCUGUGUUGCUUUUGGUAAUUCGUUGCUGAGUUAGCUUUGCUGGCUGUUCUAAUUUCUAACACGCUAUGGCUAAGCAGUAUGAUGUGCUCUUCCGACUCCUGCUUCUCGGAGAUUCGGGGGUCGGAAAAACAUGUUUAUUAUGCAGAUUCACGGACAACGAAUUUCACCCGUCUCACAUUUCCACAAUCGGAGUCGAUUUCAAAAUGAAGACGCUAGAGAUAGACGGCAUCAAAGUGAGGAUACAGAUUUGGGACACAGCAGGACAGGAGAGAUAUCAGACCAUCACUAAGCAGUACUACAGACGAGCACAGGGAAUCUUCCUGGUUUACGACAUCACAAGUGAGCGAUCCUUCCAGCACAUCAUGAAGUGGGCCAGCGAUGUGGACGAGUAUGCCCCUGAUAACAUCCAGAGGAUCCUCAUAGGGAACAAGUCAGACGAGGAGGAGAAGAGACAGGUUGCUACAGGACAGGGCAACAAGCUGGCCAAGGAUUAUGGGAUGGACUUCUUUGAGACAAGUGCCUCCACCAACUAUAACAUCACAGAGUCCUUCACACGAUUGGCUGAGCAGGUCCUGGCAGCCAAUAAGAAGGACCUGGACCUCCUAAGGGCGUCGGUCACAGACGAGCUCAACCUCGCCGCCCUGGAGGAGGAGGAGGGCAUCACAGACGGGGCCGCCGCCUCACAGAAGGGCUGCUGGUGUUAAGGGCUGGGCCUGGUCAAAAGUAGUGCACUAUGUAGGGAAUAGGGUGAAAAAAGUAGUGCCCUAUGUAGGGAAUAGGGUGAAAAAAGUAGUGCCCUAUGUAGGGAAUAGGGUGAAAAAAGUAGUGCCCUA